AGCCUUGGGUGGUUAAGUGUACUGCUCAAAUUGAAGCAGAGGAUAGCACAAAGUGGAGUAUUUCUAGGAAGGAAUUCAAGACUCUUUCAGUGGAAAAUACUCUACUGAGAAUUAGAGAAGGAUUACUUAAGGGUGUGGAGCUUAGGUGGCACGAUGUAACCAUUUGUUGCAGGGAUAAGGAAUUAUUCAACUUGAUUUCUGGCAAAAAUAGGCCAGCCUGGAGCAGUGUCAUAGUUGUAGAGGACAUGUGCUCUCUUUUGGCCUCUUUUCCUAUUUGUGUAGUAUCUUUUGUAUAG